AUGAAGAACCUGGAUGUGGCCCAAAGACUGACUGGAUUAAACUCUUCAGUAAAACUUAAAAUACAUCAAAGAUUACACACAAGAGACAAACCAUAUGGCUGUGCUCAAUGUGGGAAGAGUUUUGCAAAAUCUAGCCAUCUGACACUACACCAGAGAACACACACAGGAGAGAAAUCGUAUAGCUGUGAUGAAUGUGGGAAGAGUUUUACUUCAUCUAGCUAUCUCAUUAUACACCGGAGAACACACACAGGAGAGAAAUCUUAUGGCUGUUAUCAAUGUGGGAAGAGUUUUUCUUCAUCUAGCUAUCUCAUUGUACACAAGAGAACACACACAGGAGUGAAGCCUUAUAGCUGUGAUCAAUGUGGGAAGAGUUUUACUUCAUCUGGCCGUCUGACUUUACACCAGAGAAUACACACAGGAGAGAAAUAUUAUAGCUGUGAUCAAUUUGGGAAGAGACCAUCUUUUACAGAGAAUACACACAGAAAGAAAUCUAGCUAUCUGACUACACACCAGCGGAUACACACAGGAGAGAAACCUUUUAGCUGUAAUCAAUGUGGGAAGAAGUGCUCUGAUAAAAGAUCUCUGAUUAAACAUCAGAAACUACAUGAAGGAGUUGUUUCAUGAUAUCAAUGAAAUGUCACAAUGUGGAAUGUUUUAACAUUGUUGGAUUAUUUUCAUGAUGUCACAAUGUAGAACCCUAAACGUUUGCCCCCUAUUCUAUUAAUUUCAACAUUAAAUGGAUAUUAGCCUCAGGGGAAGAUCUAGGCUCUGAAUUGAAAGAGUACUAUUUAUGAGAUUUAACAAACAGUGACAAAAAAAGAGUUGUUACACUUACCACGUUGGCCACCCACUUGAAUCAAAAUGUAGCCAGCUGUUUUCUACAAGUUGUCCUCUAACCAGUGAUGUACACAUUAUUCCCAGAUUCCGUGUGGAUUUUGCUGUGUUAGUUUCAACAGGACGUGCAACCUCAUCUCCCUCCUUUCGCACAAUUGAUUUCAACAUUAUAUCGAUGAGUGAUGACAAAUAAGUGUUGCGUUCCUUUGUUUAGUGACGCCUAAAUUUAAAUGCAUCACUCCAAAAUGUAGCCAGUGAGGUGAAAUAUAUCUCCCAUUUCCAUUUGUUUUUUUAGUUGUGUUCGUUUCAACAUCACGUACAACCUGAUUCCCCCUAAUUGAUAUCAGCAUUUCUGGUGCUUGUGCAGUUUAUUUAAGGUGCUUGUUUAAGAAAAAUUCAAGUAAUAUGAUUAUUGCUGCAGAUGGUUGUGUAUACAGCACAUUUUAUGUUUAGGCGUUCAAUAUAUCACAAACUGUUUCUGCAUAUUGGUUAUUUAUAAUGGAAUUUAUAUGUUUAAGGUGAUGACUAAAGGAUUCCACCCUGAAACGUAUAACUGUGUAAAGAAUUAGAAUUAAUAGACUGUAAUUCUCUAAUGUGUGUGCGUAGGACAAGUUAAGACUUUACUAUUUAGCAAUUCAAGUGAGACAUUCAAGGAAAAGAGGAACUGUUAACAGACAGCUUGUGACAGACAACUUGUGAACACUGUAAAACUGAUAACAGGAAGGAGGUCUCCCCACCCAGGGAGGGGAGAAACCGUUAGGCAUGCAGUAGAUUAUGUAACAUGUUUCAGGACAUGUAUGUAUGUAUGCAAUGUAUGUGUUGGAGAAUACUUGUAAACAGCAUUGACAGUGUUUGAGAAGAGUAGGGGUAUUUAUAUGACCAAAUGUGAGGUAUAAAAGGCUAUGUGCUUGUAUGAUUUUCAGAGCUCUCUGAAUAAAGAACUUACCUGUUG